AUGGCUUGGAAUAGGAGUGUACAAUACAGAAAAUCAGGAGUUUCAGAAAUAACGUGGAAUUUAACCCUGCAUAAAAUAACGACUUUAGCCAUUUCUUCGAUGGGCACCAUUAUUAACCUUGUAGCUAUUUUUGUGAUAGUCAAAGGGGGACUUCAUCGUCAGAGAGCAUUCACAUUUGUGUUGAAUUUGUUUAUUGGGAACUUACUGAUGUGUUCUGUUGCUUUUCCCUUGUAUAGUACACCAGCCUUUUCCCCUGUCCCUCAAGAUGACAUAAACUGUCCUUUUUCUGGAUAUAUCCUUUUCACUUUAACAGGAUCAACGUUAUUGAAUUUAGUAUUAAUUGCAAUAAACCGUUAUGUACUUAUAGUGCGCUUUACUUACUAUGAAACAAUUUAUAGAACACGAAACACGAGGAUAAUCCUAGCAGUAGCUUGGCUUUUUUACCCAAUAAUAUAUAGUCUUCCACUGAGUGAAUUGUGGGGAAAAUUCCAAUUCGACCAACGGAGACUGUUUUGUAGUCCAUUGAAGACUGAUGACGGAUUUCCUUAUUUUGUUCUCAUCGUUUCAUCUAUAACUGCCUUUCCAUCCCUAACGUUUUGUUACAUAGAAAUUGUUCGAAAAAUUAGAUCCAGUAACAUAAGAGUAAAUGACACACAGAGUGAAAAUACUCAAAGACAGAAAAACGAAAGACAAUUGCGUCGGUCAGUCUUAGUGACAAUUUCAAUCUUCUGUGGCCUGAACAUACCUGUAAUUGUUGUAUCCAUUGUGGAUCCUAAAGUUGAAAAACUUGACCCACAGUUUCAUUUCUUUUUUAUCUAUGUUGGAAUGUUGGACUAUAUAGUCAACACUCUCAUUUAUUCUUUUUUGAAUCAACAAAUAAAAUCAUCUUUUCUGAAUACAUUCAGAUGGAUUUUAAAAACAAACAGAACUGAGCCUUCCAGAAUUCGACAUGCUGAAAUACAAGAAAUAUCUUAA